AUAUUUGAUUUGUUUGUGUACAAAGUGCGGACUUCCGACCAAACCACCUUCAGCUGUCAGGUGACAAUUCAAACCUUUCGAUUGCUCCAACCUGCACGGGUGAAGACUCUCACCAGUUCCACCGUUUUCCUCACUAUCUACAGUCCCCCAGAGAGACUUUUUCUGAGACGGAUUCCCCUGCCUGUAACUUCGAAACACCUCCAAGAUGGCAACAUCAAUCUUCAAUCAGACAAUCCAUCAUUAGCUGAUGUUCACACAUUCCAGAGUUUUGAAAAACCUCUUUCCCUUCCUCGGCCCUCCACGCAUCGACUGCAACAUUCCACAGCACUGACCACUCCAAUGGAGGUGAACAUACAACAGAAGGAGGAGAUUUGGGCCCUGGAAGGUCAUAAAAUCGCCAUAGAAUGCAUCGCAUCACCCAGUUCUCCAGCCUCCAAAUUAAUGUGGAUCCUAUCACCGGUGGCAGAGGUGGAGGAGGAUUUGUCACUUCAACCCACUUUCGAUUUUGAGGACUUUUCCAAGAAAAGUCGAAGUCUUCAAUUUGAACGAAAGUAUCCCAAAUGGCGUUUUGUCUUUGAUGCCCGAGAAGGUGCUGGAUUGGGCUUUAGAGUGGAAAAUAAGGAGGUCGCCGAUUCCACCACUGGAUUAGAAGAAGGCGAACGAGGAGGAGAAGAGGAGGAGGAGGAGGAGGAGGAGGAAGGGGAAAUUAAAAUCUUUGACGAUGAUUCUUUAAGGAAUUUUUUCCUUUAUUUUGAAAAUACUACUGCUGUUAAGAGAAGUAAGACUUCUAAACUGGAGGGAGAGUUUAAAGCCUUCACUAUGGUCGGCAUCACUUUGGACGGCGUUGAGGACUGA